AGUUCGAGGCCGCUGGCUUUGCAAAAGUAAAACGCCGCCAGUUCAACAUUUGAUCUUCAUUACGUUUCCUGCUUUCCAUCUCCUGGUUUGCAGAAGAAGCACACGAUAGAACCAAAAUAGCAGAAGUUUUCUCCGUCGAACCCAUGCGACUUUUGGCAGCCCACGUUAUUGUUCGCGAUCAUUUUUCUCCCCCUCCCCCCUUCUCUCGCCACCGAUUGGAGCCUUCCGCACAGACAACAUGAACGAAGCAUGAUCGUACAUUUCUUUAACCUAUUGAGGUUGCUGGCUCUGUCAGCCUAGAAGCUAUUCUUACUCUUUCCUCAUUACGGUCGGACUGAUGCCCAGAACGAGCAUUAUCCGCCAAGUGUAAUUACUCCAAAGCCAAUUUCCCUGAAACCCUAGUUCUCAAGGGCGAAUUAGAUCAUCAAUUGCAACCCCUCGUAUUCCACAGAUCAAUUAGCUAUCUAGGCAUUCAUCACUGGUGACUAAAUGCAGAGCAGGGAAAAUCAGCACUGACGGUAUCGAAUUUUCAAAAAGCUUGUGACAAGGGAACUAUUUAAGAGUACUUGGGAUGUUAGUAUUGUAUUGAAGUACCCAUAGAUCAGUCUCUCCUUUUUCCUGCAGGAUCAAAUUCACAAUGGCCACAUCUAUCCGUUCCACUAUCGUUUUGCUCGCGUGCUGCCUACUUUCUUUUGUCACCGCGUCGCACAACAUAACAGCAGUUCCGAUCGACGGAUGCUCCGCCUACCCGGGCUACGAUGCUACCAGCGGCGGGAGUGGCAACUUCUACCUUCAAGCAUACCAGACAGAUAAUUCCUCGGUAGACGGGAUUGGUUCAAGCCUGCAGUAUUCGAGAGGAGCCACUCAGAUUCGAUGGGGCAUGAUCACGCUCGGAGUCCGCGUGGACGAAGCCAAGGUUGUUCUCCGCUGCUACGACCAAGUUCUACAUGGUUUCGUCGCCACCGGUGUCUCUGGUUACACAUGGGAAACGCUUCAAUUUGCCCCGUACCCUUACGACCAGGAACUGAUGUAUCUUGUUGACGGUGGACCAGCUGCACAGGCCCAUACUCUGUCCGUAGAUGGUGUUGAGCAAGAGGGUGUCUUCCUUGGUGCGGAUGGAGUAGCAUUGUGGGGAUUUCGAUACAUUGACGCUUCACAAGGAUGCUGUGGCGUUCCUUACUAUCAAUUGCGCCUUUUAGGUCCAAACAGUGCAGAUCCAAACACCGGAGCACCUUUGCAGGAUGGAGAAUUCACGGGUUUCUUGAAAAUUGCAGCCUUCUAGGACCAUCUUAUAGUCUACUCGCCCAGACUCAAUUCCGCAAAUCAGAUUGUCAAUUUUCAUUCAGCCCUAUUAUUGGAACCAAGUCUUCAUGAUGAGUAAGGACAAGCUAUGUUCAAACUUUGCUGAGACACCUACCCAUCGACAUGAUGAAAGGCCAAGCUCUCCAUUUAUCGCGAACUACAGCCUCGUCAAUGUCAGAUUUUGUCUUUCAGCUUCAUCACUUCUGCUUCCUUCCAUUCGGCCCCGAAGUGCAGAGUCAUUCAGCUGUGGCAAUCCCAUGAAAGAGGUACUUUUAGAGAAUGUAUGAGAUCACAGUUGCAGCAACUUUCCCCUUUUUCACGAUGCCUUUACUUUGCCAGUGCUUUCCUAUAACUUUACUAUAACUUUGCUAUUAUUUGACUAGCCAUUACUGCAUAUAGUUUAGACGGCAUUCCGCAUAAUGCACUAGAAUAAUGUGCCCCUAAAUACCUGAUCAUCUAAC